AUGAAAUUACUCUAUCUUCUGCUACCUUUCCUGACAUUCAAUACCUUCACAUACUGUCAAUUGUUCAAUUACCACGGCCUCAAAUAUCCCAAAAACAAAUUAUAUCCCUUAGAGGCCGAAACUAUCGGUUUAAAGAAUAUCGAUGGCACAGUUGCAGCAUUUGGUGAUUUUAAUGGCGAUAAAUUUACAGACAUUUUUGUGUUGAGUGCAGAUCAAACUAGUGUUUCUAUAUACCGUUGGAAUCAUGGACUCUAUCAAUUUCAACCGCUUCCUAAUUUGCAGCCCAUACAGCCUGGUUUUAUCAUUACCAACGUAGUGCCUGGCGACUAUAAUCAUGACGGUUUUCUUGAUGUGUUAUUAAUGGGUGAGGAUAAUCCUGAGAGCAAUAGUGGUCGAGAAAUUAAACUACAACUCUAUUUCGGCAAUGGCAAUGAUACGAUUGAAACGAAUAAUGCUAUACAUUUACCAUCCGCUUAUGAUUCUUUGCCCAUUGUUUUGGAUGUAAAUGGUGAUAUGAAAACAGAUAUUUUGGGUUAUGCCUUUGAAACGAAAGAACUUAGUGUAUGGUUGAAUCAAGCUGCACCAAAAGUAACAACUUCCACCGCACAGGAAGAAGAAAAUGCGACAAAUACCCAGACUGAACAAAAUGACUCUCUAUUCAACCUCACACCAGCUCAUCCACUGCUUGAUAAAUCUUAUACCGAUCGAUGUCACUGGGCCAACCCACAUUCAAACGCCUUUAUAGAUCUCGAUGGAGACUGCUUAGCAGAUUUAUUAUUUGUAUGCUCACAAUCAAACAGCAAUCGCCAAUUCAUCCAGAUAUGGACCAACGACCGUCAAAGAGGAUUCCAAAUUUCACAAGAGGCAGAGUUACCAGAAGGCGCAGGUCCUCUCAGUUUUGCUGAUAUGGAUGGCGAUGGUUCCAUAGAUAUCGUAUUCCCCGUCUGCAUCGAUAAUGUUUGUACCCUACAUAUUGUAUAUAAUCAACAAAUGCAUCUUUGUGGUAGUGACAUGGGCAGUAAUAGUGAUAGCUGCCGACAGUCUCAGCAUUUAUGCCAAGCAGAUCCCAAUUUUGAGUUCGACUUCAGUCGACCUAAUACACAAAAUUAUGUUGUAUUCAACUUGGAUGCUUAUCUGGACCAGAACGAAGCCGUUCGAAUGAAGGAUGGAAGUUUCAGAGGGCAAUUGUCAGUACAAGUGCAUGUAGGAGAUUAUAAUUUGGAUGGGUAUCCGGAUGCGCUGGUGACUACAACAGAAAGAGUGCUAUUAUUACAGUCUAUUCCAUGCGAUUCUACUCUAUGCAAUACAGCUGCAGAAGAAAGACUGAAACGAACAUUCACUGUAGUUACAACAGGUGCAGAAGUACUGAACGAAAUAGGCAAUCCUACACAAGCCGUCUUUUUUGAUAUAGAUGAAGAUGGCAGUCUGGAUAUAUUACUUUUGGACAAUUCUGAAAAAAGAUCAGACCUGAAAAGAACACCUAAUUUUAUUGUUAACAACUUUUUCAACGAUGCCUUCUUUUUGAAAGGCUUAGUGUCAAAUGGAGCUAGUGAUUUUAAAGCUUAUGGUGUCAACUACCCAGGGGCUUCUAUCAAGUUCACUGUCCUUGAUACCAAUGGCCAUAAAAAGUCCCGUCAAGUAGCUCAACUUUCGCAAACGGCAUAUCUAUCCCUUCAAACACCUUACUGCUUAUUUGGUCUUGGUAGAACCAACAACUAUAUCGAAGAAUUGUUCGCGGGAAUUACUCGUCACCAGGAACAGAACUAUUUUUUUUACGAAGGUGUGAUACCCAACUCGCAACUGGUAUUUUUACCCUAUCAGCCUGAUCAUAUUCGAGAUAGCUCAUCGUGGCGUGUAGAAUUAUAUAUCAAGCCUGCUAAAUAUGUUCCUUGGGUAUUAAUAGUGCUGGUUGUAACAUCCGUUAUUUUGGGUGUCGUUGUCGUUGUUCUGCGAUCCAUGGAGAAAAAAGAAGAUGAGAUGGAAAGACGAAAAGCAUUACAUAUUAUAAAUUUUGAUGCCCUUUAA